AUGCCGAUGCAGGCUUCAAAGAAAAGUGUGAACCCGCCCAAAAUCCGCCGUAGCCAUUCAGGAUGCAGGCCAUGCCGUAGAAGAGGCAAGCGAUGCGAUGAGGCAAAACCCGGCUGCCGAGCCUGCGCCAGAUUGUCCCUGGAAUGCAGCUAUGGGGUCAACUUUAGCUUCCGCAACUACAGUGCACAUGCUGCAUCCCGAUCAGAUCCAUCUACCGACAGGCUAUGCAUAAGUAACCACUUCGGCGAUAUUUCAAAUGCAACGAUACCAGCCACGCUUAGUUCUGGGGACACUCUUGAGUUCAGCUACCUCAAUCAUUUCCGUGAGCAUGUGUGUCAUCUGCUGCCUGCAGUGUCUCCUCAAGUCGCAGACAGAUUCCUCCAAUCUCCUUGUCUACGGUUCGCGGCUCUCUGCAUUUCAGCAUCUAAUCUUUCAAUGCUAAAUGCCCGAGUCCAGAACCGCACUCUGGUCGGUGAUAGUCGACGAUCUGUCUUCAGCCCGUUCGUGAAUAUGGUACACCACAAUUAUGCCCGAAAGUAUCACAACCUGGCGCUCGAAUAUCUUCACAAUGCCAAACCAGACGAGGUCCAACGUCAAGCACCUGCAUUCCUUGCUGCGCAUGUUCUCCUCGCCUAUUACCACCAUGCAUCGACAGAUCAUCUGAGCUUUCGACUGGCGGUCGAGGAGUCCGUGCGCUUCGUUUUGCACAAUCGAGAAAGCUUAACAAACUCGGCAGACGGAGCUGGAUCAUUGCAAAUGUGGUACCGUCUAUGCACUUCUCACCGACCGGCAAAGCCACCUGCGCUGCUUCUUGAAGGAGCUGGGGCUAGUACCAUUGGACCGAGUCCCCUUCCAGAUGUCUCUGAGCAUUUAUAUCUUCGCUGUGUUCUGGGAAUGAAUUCGGAUGACCUUAUCUACGAUAUCCUCAUCAAGACGCUGGAGAUUAGGACAAAACUGGUGGUUUUUCGCUGUGUAGCAGGUAGCUGCCAGAUGUCUGAGCUGUCGAGUGAGGUUGGCAGUCUCACCUAUGAGAUUAUGAACAAGAUGCUCGGAAGACAAUGUGUACCGAAUGAGUAUGCAGAGGCCCGGGAAGGCUGUGUGCGAGGCUCACACUUACUGGGCUUGUUGGAUGUUCAAAAAGAGCGACUGAAGGUGUGGCGGUCCAGAGUCAACAAGGAUCAACUGUCAAUCGACCCUCCAUCGUGGUGUCAAAGGUUUCCAACCCAUCGAGACGCCAUGAACGGCUUGUAUUACAUGCUUUGUGAAAUGACAUUCGAGGAAGCCAAUGCAGCUUCUACAUCGCACAGUGCUAUUGCCAACAUGGCGCAUAACAUAUGUCAGAUUGCCGGUCAAUUGAGUUUCAGUAUGUCAAAGACAUCGGAUGUAUACACGUUCAGUCUGGCAGAGGUCCUGCUCCAACUUGUGCUUGCCUGGCGAUCAGACGAGCUCUUUCACUACAUCUUGGAUGUCCUGUGGCCGCAACUUGAACAGGAUGGGAAAGGUUACGAGCACUCCCACUACCCGACGCAUCUCGUCAAGCGUAUCAUAGCCCAUAUUGCAGCCUACUGGGGAGAAGGCCGGGCAGUAACCUUUGCUUUACCGGCAGUUGCGGAAAACAUAUCGAAACUGAGGCUGUUGGAUAUCGAUCAUCCAGUCAACCUGGUGGUAUGUGGAUACAAGGGUAGCCAGUAUUUUAUUGAGAAGGUUCUACUUCCGUAA